GGUUCCUCCUGUCCUCUUUCGCUUCCAGCACCUCUCCUCACCAGAGCUCAGCCCACCAAAGCCUCUCGCCGCCGCAUCCCGCAUCCCCCAUGUCCAGCUACGUCCACACGGGUCCGUCCAAUCCCGCCACCGAUGAUCUUGCCCCGGUCUCCAACCCGAUAUCGCCUGCCCCUAUCGAGGCGCAGUCCAAGAUUCUGGAGGAAGCCCUCAGUGUCAUCAAGGUCCAGGCCUUCCACAUGAAGCGAUGCCUGGAGAACAACAAGUUGAUGGAUGCGCUGAAGCACUGCUCGACAAUGCUCACCGAGCUCCGAACCUCGGCGCUUACUCCCAAGAGCUACUAUGAGCUUUACAUGUCGAUCUUUGACGAGCUCAGGCACUUGACCAUCUACCUCUACGAUGCGCACAUGUCUCGGCGCCACCACCUCUCUGAUCUUUACGAGCUGGUCCAGUACGCCGGCAGUGUCGUCCCCCGCCUCUAUCUGAUGGUCACCGUCGGCUCGGUCUAUAUGCGCGUUUCCAAGGAGGCUCAGUCAUCCAAGGACGGCAACUCACAGGCAGCAUCAGACCCAAUUGCCGAUGUUCCGCCCAUCAAGGAGCUCAUGAAGGACAUGCUCGAGAUGUCCCGUGGAGUGCAGCACCCCACCCGCGGCCUGUUCCUGCGCUACUACUUGAGCACCAUGACCCGAGACUAUCUGCCCGACGGAACGAUCGAUGGCCCUCAUGGAACCAUCCACGACUCGAUCCACUUCAUCCUGCAGAACUUUAUGGAGAUGAACAAGCUUUGGGUCAGACUGCAGCACCAGGGUCCGAUGAAGGAGCGCGAGCUCCGCGAGCGAGAGCGCAAAGAGCUGCGUCUUCUCGUCGGAUCCAACCUCGUCCGGCUCAGCCAGCUCGAUGGCCUUGACUUUGGCAUUUACAGCUCGCUUGUCUUGCCCGUCAUCCUUGACGAAAUCGUGAGCUGCAAAGACCUGAUCGCCCAGGAAUACCUCAUGGAGGUUAUCAUUCAGGUCUUCCCCGACGAUUUCCAUCUCCGCUCCCUGGACUCGUUCCUGUCAGCUACUGCUCAGCUCCAGCGAAGCGUCAAUGUGAAACAGAUCGUCAUCAGUCUCAUUGAUCGCUUCUCGAGCUAUGCCGCUCGUACUCGCGAAGAGCACGACGAGAAGAGCGAGGGAAGCGGCAUUCCAAACGACAUCCAGCUCUUUGAUGUAUUCUGGGGCCAGGUCACCGAGUUGAUUCGCGCCCGUCCCGAGUUCAACAUCCACGACAUCAUCGCUCUACUCGUGUCGUUGAUGAACCUGUCUCUCAACUGCUACCCCGAGCAACUCUCCAACGUCGAUAACGUUCUGGGCUUUGCCAAGGAGCAGCUCUUGAUUGCCCAGGAACAGAACGCUCCGGAGCUCAAGACGACCCAGACAAGCAACCUCUUUGUCCAGCUGCUCGUCAGCCCCAUCCGUGCCUACGAUGCAAAUGUCCUUACCCUGCUCAAAUUCCCCUCAGCCAUCCGCGGGGCUGGAAUCGACGGCGCUAGCCAGGCCGGCAACUUCACCGACAUAUUGGCACUCCAGCCGUAUACCACUCGUCGCCAGGUCGCCCAUGUGGUGGCCACUACCGCGAUCAAGGCUGCGACAAACGGUUUCAUCAUCAGCACCAUCGAUGGUGUCAACGCCAUCUUCGGCGAGCUCUGCAGCGUCAUGAUCAAGGACCAGCGGGACGGAGGCUUGUUCGGGCCCAAGUCCUCGCCAGUGGAGGAGGAGCCUGCCGACGGACCCAAGUACGUGCCCCGGUCCAAGCCGGCAGAGGAGCUGCCCCUGGAUUGGGACGACAUUGUCGAGGAGCAAAGCAUGGUCGCCAAGCUGGUUCAUCUGCUCAAGACAGAGGAGGGCAACGCCGAGAAUGAGUUUGCGCUGCUCUCGGCUGCCCGCCGACACUUUGGCGAAGGCGGCGAGCUUCGUAUCCGCUUCACUCUCCCGGCCCUGACGAUCGCCUGCAUCCGCAUCGCCACGCUCUUUUCUCGUGAUGGCCCCGAAGACGACGUUACCAAGCAAAAGCUCGCGGCCCUCUACAAGUUCAUUCACCAGACCAUCUCCAGUCUCGCAAAGACUCCCGAAGCCAUCAGCGACGACUAUGGCCACUCCCCGCGUGACGACGGUGCUGGUUCGAGCUCCCGCCUGGGACGAGGCCUGCUGAGCCCUCCCGACAUGUCGCUGCGACUCUUUGUCAUGGCAGCAAAGAGCACCGAUCUGCAUGACCUCGAAGAGCUGUCGUACGAGUUCUUUGUCCAGGCGCUCACUAUCUAUGAGGACUCCAUUUCCGACACCAAGGCACAGGUGGCUGCCCUGAACCUGAUCAUUGGCUCGCUGUACACCACCACCGUCUUUGGGUACGAAAACUACGAAACCCUCAUCACCAAGUGCGCCGUCCACUCGUCCCGGCUCCUGAAGCGAAUCGACCAGUGCCGCGGGGUCAUUCUGGUGUCGCAUCUCUUCUGGGGCGACGAUCAAGUCAAGCGCGCCGAAGACAAGCCCGUCUAUCGCGACGGCAAGCGCGUGUUGGAGUGUCUGCAGAAGGCCCUUCGCAUCGCCGACUCUGUCAUGGACCAGACCGUCAACAUUGAGCUGUUUGUCGACAUUCUCGAGCGAUAUCUGUGGUACUUUGAGCACCACAACGAGGCGAUCACUGUCAAGUACCUCAACUCCCUCAUCGACCUGAUCCAGACCAACUUGGCCAACAUCGACUCGUCUGCUAACGCAUCGACCUUCAUCGCUCCGACGGGCCAACGCUCUAACCCUCUUGGCUCCGGCGCCGGCCGCAGCACCAACUCGCUCUUUGACGACGGCAUCUACAGCCCCAAGGUGUCGGACUCGGUUGUCAAGCACUUCCGCAACAUCCUGGCAUACAUUGUCCAGAAGAAGGAGGAGGAGUCGCGCAAGUUGGCCUCGAACGUCCCUGGCGUCGAUGGUGGCUUUGAGGCCAAGGGGAAGUGGGGCGACAUUGAGCUGGGCCGCUGAGAUUGCUCCCUUUCCCUUUGUCGCUCGCUUUUUGGCCGUGCUAGAACGGCAAUGUAGACCCUUGUUGGCCAUGCAUCCGGCGCGCCGGGUUGCUCGUCCGAUUGCACAUCCGUUCCGCAAUUGCCUGAUGGUGUUGUCGAGAAUGACUAUCCACCCCCGUGCCCGUCGCUGCAAAAUCGCUUCGUUUAUGGCACACCAGCCAUAUUAUAUUGCUGAACACCCGUUGAACAUGACCGA